AUGGCGUCCACGCCGAGCCCAGCCCGGCAGAGCACAGGCUCAGGGCCCUCCGUCUCCCCUUUCUCCCGGUCACAACCCCCCUCCCGCAGCCGCUCCGUGUCCAUCCGGGCUCCUCCCGCCGCAUCCCCGCGCCGCUCACCGCCUCCCGCCCGGCCCGGCGGGGAGAGGAGCGGGCUCUCCCCGCCCCGGCGUCCCCGGUGCUCCCGAUGCUCCCGCGCUGCCCCCGAUGCCGCGCCCCCCCCGCGGCGGGCGGAGCGGCCGGGCGGGCCCCGCCCCUGGGCGCGGCGGUUCGCGGGGGUGCGGGAGGCGGCCUCGGUGGAGCGGCCGCGGUCACCCGCGGGUCCGCCCAGGAGGGGCCGUCCCGGCACGGAGCCCUUCCCCGGUGCCGCCCCUGCGCCCCCCGCGGGUGCCGCCCUCGGCGUCUCCAGGCGGGUGGGCACCAGCACCCACAGCCCCCCCAGGGCGGGCUCCCCUCCCCUGGCCACACCAGCGCUGUCCGGCCGAGGAACUCCGCGGCCGGGCUGGGGGCACGGGCGGGGGGAGCGGAUGGCGGCCCCUGAGUCAGCCCCGCGCCGCCCACGCCCCCUCCCACGGGUGCCGCCGCACCAGCUUGUGGCAUUUCGCUCGCCGGAGACGGCGCCGCAAACACGCGCCGGUGCCAGCCGGUGCCGCCGCAGCCCGCGCGGCCACGCGUCCCCCCCCACGCGCGGCACCGGCGUGGGGCCCGAGCGGGGCCGGUGCUUCCCGCACCGCCGCCACCCGCUCUGCCCCGGGACGGGCAGGGCAGCGGCGGCACCACGGACAGCGCCGGGCCGGCACCGCGAACAGCGCCGCGGUCCCGCGUGGGUGCGCGCACCGCCGCCCCCCGCGCCCUCCCGGCGGGUCGCUGGGAGCGGGACCCCCGGCCCCGCCGCACCCGCCCCGGGGGCAGCCCCGCGGGGUCCCGCCGUCCGUGGGGGCACCAGAGCCCGGGGCCGGUCCAGGGAGCGCGGGACAAAGGGAGGGAGGGACGGACGGACAGACGCACGGACGGACGGACGGAGACCACCCUCUGUGUCCCUCGCUCACAGCUCCCCACGCGAGCCCCGCGUCUAUCCCCAUGGGGGGAACCCAUCACACCCCGGUGCGCCCAUUGGGGGUCCCCCUUGCGAAUCCCGAUGGGCGUGUCCCCCGUGA